AUGUAUGAAUCACAUAUGUUUCCCUCACAAGAGGACCAAAGCGUUCCUUAUUACAACCAAGCCUGUAUUUCAGACGAGAAAGAGAAAGAGAAAGAGAAUGAGUGUAUGGGAGAUGACACUAUUGGAUUCACAUUGGUUGAGUCAGCAUUGUCGGAGUUGAGAAGUUUGGUAUCACAUGCGUCUGACCUGGUUAAGAUAUUACCAACCCAAAUUCAUCCCAACAUCCACCAAUCCACUGGUGAGAGAAGGUUAAAGGAAUAUAAUGAAGAUAAUGGAUUCCACCCAGUGCAGUCACAUAUUAAAGUGUCAAAAUUCAUGGAUUCAGUUACCCAUACCAAAAAACAAGCUGCUGGUAGUCACUCCAACAUAGUCCAACACACAAGCAAAAGAUUCAUGAAAUCUAAAAUGGAGAGAGAGGAAGAGAUAGUCGAUGAUUAUAGAGAUGAUUUUGAGCAGUUGUUUCCCCAUGGUGACUAUGAAUUGGAUAGUGAUACAUCAAUGGCUAUCGAAUCAUCAAAAAUGAUGUUUGCCAGAACUAGGAAGCAUUCUCGGUGUGAAAGAGAAAAUUCUACUAUCUCCUUAGCAACAGUCAGUGAUAUUGACGACAAACCCAGCUCCACUACCUGCUUUAACCCAAUGGCUACUACAAUACAAACCCCAGAAAAACACACCAAACGGAGACUGAAGUCCUCCAGUAUUCAAAAAGUUGACUUUGACACCAUUUCCCAACCUAGUUUUGUCACAUUAUCAGUGAAGCGAAUUGCUACACCUUGGGAUGACUGUGACAAUGAAGAUGAAGAUGCUCCAAGUUCUGAAAAUUCCAAAGAGAGUACACUUGAAGAGAGGCUAGUGUCAAGUUCAGGAAAGGAGCCUUUCAACUUUGUGCUACCACUGCCAGAGGUACCAUUGAAAAGUACACCAGCAGUAUUACACGUUGGUGAUGAUGAAUCUGCUCAUCACAGGAAAGUCAGAUUUGACAAUAAGGUGGAUGUACGUCAGUUUAGCGACGGUAAAUGCCGUGAUUUUACCAGAGUCAUUGAGGGGAGGAAGAGGGACAAAAGACUCAAGAAGAAGCAUACUUGGGGAGCUGCUGGCAAAACGUCAAAGGAGGAAAGCAUCGAAAGGCCAAGUAUUUUAAAGAGAACUGGAUGGGUACCGGGGGAAAACAUUACAGAUCGAAAAAUACCGUUAUUUUCUCCUGACUCUGAACAUGGUCGCAUUGCUCUCCAUUUUGGAAUUGACCCGGAUGAUGAUGAAAAUGUCAGUGGUAGUAGUGGGUGUGAUGAUGAUGACGAUGAUGCAGAAACAGAUCAAGUGAGUCAAAAAGCCUUUUCUCCUACUUUGAUAGGGUGUGAUAUGUGGGACGAGGAGGAGGAGUGGCGACCAAAUUCAAAGUCAUUUGCUGACACUCCAUUGAAGAGGUUCAAGGUGAAGCUUCAAAGGUUUAUAUAUGGGUUCAAGCUACAUUCCGAGAAACUACACUACUUGGUGAUACGCACUCAAUCGGACAGUGUGUCUGGUCUGGCCAACCAGUUAUUUGUAAGUCCAGAUUUGAGUGAGACCGAAUCAUUUGAGGAAAUAGAGCCAUGUGUGACUGUUGUUCCUAUGUUUGGACCCAUGACUAUGCUGAGACCAAGACAUGCUGUUGAUGACAACAAAUUUGAAACCAUUUUACAAUUUUUAAGUCUUGUCGAGGAAUUGUGCCAUGAGGAGGAGGGAACAGAGGAUGUGGUAAACGAGACUGCCCCAGUUGCUGAAGAGACUGCCGAAGUAAGAGAGACUGUUGAAGAGGAAGGGAAAAUGGAAGACAGAGAGUCAGUAACAAAUUCGGUACCAACUGAUGAAGCUUUAAGGGAGAGGGUAUUUUACCGCCAACCAUGCGACAACAACAACAAUUGCGGUGUAUUUACACAAGGUGCAGAGUUUUUCAUUGCGCAUGUAGAUCCCCGAAUGAAUUCAGGGGUUACAACUGAUCCAUCGGAUAUUUCUGAUCUUGCGUUAUCCAGAAGACGCGUGAAGUUGGACCACCAGAUUCAAAAGAGAACAUUCAAAGAUGGAAAGAUUAGCGACGUUUUUGGUAGGAUUGUGAGAGGCUAUGGUAAGAUUGACAAGGAGGAAACUCAGAAGCAACCCAGAUUCCGUUUUGCGUCGGUCAAGAAGGUUUUGGUAAAGUUAAAAUUGAAAAAGCCCACAAAG